CUCCAAAGGGGGACACAAAAGGGGACAGUCAUGGCUACCUCGGCUGUGGGAGCCAUCCUCGCCGUGCUGGCCUCACUCAUCAUCACUGCCAAUGUGCUGGUGGCCAUCGCCCUCCUUCACCUCAUCCACAAGAGCGACUCCAAGGGGCUCUAUUUCGUCCUUAACCUCGCCGUUGCGGACACCAUGGUUGGCUUCACCGUCGUGGGGCUGGUCAUCGAUGAGUUUUCCGAGCCCUUUUAUCCUCCCCAGAUCUUCUGCGUCCUGAGGAUGGCCUUCGUGACUUCCUCCUCCGCUGCCUCUAUCCUCUCCCUCAUCACGGUGGCGUGCGACAGGCACCUGGCCAUCAGGAAGCCCUUCCACUACUUCCAGAUGGUGACGGGCCUGCGGGUCGGGGUGCGCUUGGUGGGGCUCUGGCUGGUUGCUGCCAUCAUCGGCUUCCUCCCGGCCUUCACCCCGGUCUUUCAGAAGACCCCCCAAGUUGUCCGACCGAAGUGCUCCUUCUUCAGCGUCUUCCACCCUGCCUACAUGCUCUCCAUCUUCUGCGCCGGCUUCUUCCCUGCCCUCUUCCUCUUCAUUUACCUCUACUGCGACAUGCUGAAGAUCGCUGCCGUGCACGUGCGGCACAUCCGGGAGGUGGAGCAGGCAGGGUUGGCGGGGGGCUGCCCCCCGUCCCGCACCACCAGCGACAUGAAGGCCAUGCGCACCGUCGCCAUCCUCAUCGGCUGCUUCACGCUCUCCUGGCUGCCCUUCUUCAUCGCCAGCGUCGUCCAGACCAUCUGCCCCAGCUGCUUACCCUACAAAGUCAUCGAGAACUACAUCUGGCUGAUGGGGCUCGGCAACUCCCUCCUCAACCCCCUGCUCUACUCCCUCUGGCAGAAGGACGUGCGGCAGCAGCUCUCCCAGCUGGCUGCAGGCCUGAAGAGGAGGGUCCUCCUUCGCCUGAGGAAAGGCCACCGUUUCCCGGGCAGAGGCACCACAACUCUCCCCACCGUGUCCUGCCUGCGGCUGCAGGACUGACACGGCCAGGGACAGCCCUCACCGGCUUCCCAGCUCAUCUCUGGUGCCACCAGGAGCUCGGGGCCAGCCAGCCGUGGUGGAGACCACCGAUGGGGUGGGCCCAACCUGGAUGCUGAUUCCCAGGCGUCAGCGUGGCCAAAUUCCAGCCUCCCUGCAGCCCCACGGCCCGUUUCGCACCAGCCCCAGGCACCCCGAGUUUCAGGUGGGGGGACACAUUAGGUUUUGCCUGCAGACUUCAACCUCGUGUCUCCUGGGACCAUGCCCUCAGGUCGAGACCCUUCACCCAUGGCUUUUACCCUGCCUGGAGCUGGGAUCCACCUGGCCACCCCUCUGCCUCCAGCCCCAGCUCUCUGGGGGAUGAGUCCCCCGGCGUGGGGCUGCUGGCCCAGCUGUGGCUUGGUCACCUUCAGCUCCCAGCCCGGGCAGCGGAGGCUGGGGGGUGUGUGUGGGUCCCAAAUCCAUCCUGGACCAUGAGCGCUGCCGGUGGCUCCGCUUCUCACGCUCAACUCGCCAUCCUCUAGCUGCAUCCCCAA